ACGUCAGAUUUCAUACAAAAUAAUCAGUUACUGGAUUUACGUUUCGUUUGCGUCACGAUUAGAUCUCCAUGAUCCCUUAUCCGCUUUCGUUGCGGUUCCUUAAACCUUGAUGCAACAGUCUAAUGCUCGUUCCAGGUUGAAAUCCAAAUCAGAUGUGAUGGAUCCUCCCGAGGUUCAGACUUCACCUGGCCACCACCGAUCAUCGCCGUCCACCGUCGCCAAACCGAAGUCGAAACGAACCAAAUCGAUUAUCUUCGUAAUCGUCGCUUGUGUAACUAUUGCCUUGGGAUUAUUCUUUGUUUGCUAUUCAAUUUUAAGCUCAAGAAGAAAUCGGAGCGUUUCGCUCCGGUAUAGCGUCAUAAUCGAUGGCGGGAGUUCAGGGACCCGAGUUCAUGUGUUCGGGUACCGGAUUGAAUCCGGUAAACCGGUUUUCGAUUUCGGAGAGGAGAGUUACGGUAGUUUGAAGUUGAGUCCUGGAUUGUCUGCGUAUGCUGAUAAUCCGGAGGGAGUGAGUGAGUCAGUGAUGGAGCUUGUGGAAUUUGCGAAGAAGAGAGUUCCCAAGGGAAAGUUGAAGAAGAGUGACAUUAGGUUAAUGGCUACUGCUGGAAUGAGAUUGCUUGAAUUGCCUGUUCAAGAACAGAUUCUUCAUGUUACUAGAAGAGUUCUUAGAUCUUCUGGGUUUGAAUUUCGAGAGGAAUGGGCUUCUGUUAUCUCUGGAUCUGAUGAAGGUGUAUAUGCUUGGGUUGUUGCUAAUCAUGCACUCGGUUCGCUUGGAGGUGAACCUUUGAAAACUACUGGAAUUGUUGAACUCGGUGGGGCUUCUGCCCAGGUGACAUUUGUGUCAAGUGAGCUUGUGCCUUCUGAGUUCUCGCGUUCGUUAGACUAUGGAAAUGUCUCAUACAAUCUCUACACUCACAGCUUCCUCGAUUUUGGACAGGAUGUAGCACAAGAAAAGUUAUCGGAAUCACUACACAACUUAGCUGCAAACUCUACAGGGGAAGGAAUAGUUCCUGACCCUUGUACUCCAAAAGGGUACAUCCUUGAAACAAAUUUACAAAAGGACUUACCUGGAUUCUUGGCUGAUAAAGGCAAUUUUACAGCCCCCCUUCAAGCUGCUGGUAAUUUCUCAGAGUGUCGAUCUGCUGCAUUUGCCAUGUUGCAGGAAGGAAAAGGGAAAUGUACUUAUAAGCAUUGUUCUAUUGGAUCAAUAUUCACACCUGAUCUUCAAGGAAGUUUUUUGGCAACAGAGAAUUUCUUCCACACCUCCAAGUUCUUUGGGUUGGGAGAAAAAGAUUGGCUGUCUGAAAUGAUUUUGGCCGGAAAUAGAUUCUGUGGAGAAGAUUGGUCGAAAUUGAAAGUGAAAUAUCCAACAUUUAAGGACGAGAAUUUGCUUCGGUAUUGUUUCUCAUCAGCAUAUAUUAUAUCAAUGCUUCAUGAUAGUCUUGGUGUUGCUCUUGAUGAUGAAAGAAUCAAGUAUGCAAGUAAAGCAGGAAAAGAAGACAUACCACUAGAUUGGGCAUUGGGUGCUUUUAUCCUUAAUACUGCCACAGCCACUUUUGAUUACAGUGGUAAAUCUAGAAAAAUUCUUGACUUGAGUAAUGUAGCCAAAUACAAAAUAUGAAAUUACGGUAUAAAAUGAGAUUGUUUUC